AUGUCGGCAGAACCUAUUCAAGACAUAAUCGCAGACUUCAUUUGGGGACCCGAGGAAGGCGAUCGACAAAGGCUUCUCUCAAAAUUCUUGGCACAAUGCGCACAUGAGCGAUACGUUCUGAGCAAGAAGAAGCCUCAAGCCGACGCCAAUAUUCAAAGCAUCAUUAACAGCAUCAAGUCAACACCCUCACUUGCAAAAUCGGCCAUCAUAUCGGCACAUUCGGAAACUGGAGAGCAAUCAACCAUCGACUGCGUUGUGCGCAUGAUGUUCAUGACCGCCACGAAGACAGAUUACACUGCAUUUGGAGGUUUCGUCACCGUACAAUGGCGAAAAGACGAAACUAUUGUCGACUAUUUGGAUCGAGUGUACCCACGGCUACCUGUGGGUGGUCAACAGGAGCAGCCUGUGAACACCAGGCACCUGAGAGCCAAUGUUCUCAUGAGCCAAGCAGGGAUUCGAAUCAAACCUACCGAUAAGCUGUCAGACCACCUGUAUCUCAUAUAUGGAGAGGACUUCAAGACCCUCCUGGUCUUCUCCCACCGCUCGUUUCUCGAAUACAGCCUCAAAAAGUUGCGGGCUGAUAGCAUUGAUUUGGAACACUCAACAGCAGAGGCUGUGGUAUGUGGCUGCUUGCCCCCGAAACUAAUCAUCGAGACAUUGCGGACCCUAGAUUUCUUGUUUCCCCCCUUUGGGGACAAGAAAUCGAAAAAGUUCCUGAACAAAUGGGUUAAUGAUGGAAAACUGGACAGCAGUCUGCUGAAUGGUGCCGCAUAUAUCUCAGAAGAAGGACAGCCUCCCAAAGACCUGCUCGGAUUAUACGAGCAAUACCCGUACUGGGGCCGACGCUUGACCAGGCUACUGAGGGAGGUUGAGGACCCAACUCCGAUUACCUGGUGGCAGAGAUACACGGAACGCGGGAGAUCUCCACGAAGAAUGUUCGAAUGCGCGGUUGCCGCACUGAUUGUCACGGCUUUCUCUGCUUUUGUGGCAACAGCACUGGCAGCAGUUCAAGUUUGGGUCGCGUAUUGCGAUUGGGAUGGCGCACCGUCGAGGUCUUGGUGUACCACGAAGUAG